AUGGUAAAAAAGGACAAUGAAAAAAAUAUUACCCAAGAAAGUAAAGAAAAGGACAAAGCGAAAAAUACAAAUGAGAAAGGAGACCCUUUAAUAAAAUUAAAAGAAGAAAGAGAAAAAUUAAUCCAAUGGUCAAAAAAAUUAAAAAAUAAUAAUUGUUCAUUUGUAAGUUCUGAUAAAAUUGAUACUGAGAAAAGUGAAAAGGUUUAUUCUAGUAAUGAUGAUUAUUAUGAUGAAAAAGAUAAAAUGACUGAUAAUAAGAGGGAUAAUAAAAAUAAUAUGAACAAUUAUCACAAUAAUUAUCACAAUAAUAAUAGUAAAAAUAGAAAGAAAGGAAUUCAUUUAAACAACUUCUCAUAUAAUAACCUAUCAGAUCAGAAACAAAACGAUAUCGAUCAUAUAGUAUAUGAAUCAAGGCAAAAAAAUAAAAAUUCUAAUUAUGAUAAUAAUAUAGUUCAUGAAGAAAGUGCUAAUGAUGAUUAUAAUAUAAAUAAAAUAAGAAGAAAUAAAAAAAAAGAUAAAAAUUAUAAUUCGAAAAAUAAUUCGUUUGAAAAUAAUUCUUCUGAAAGUAAUAAUCAGUAUUAUAUAUUUACAAAUCGUGCGAAUGAAAAAGAUACUUUAAAUAAUGUGUUUAAAAAUACAAAUAAUCAAAAACAUGAGUCCAAUUUAAGUUAUCUACAUAGUGAUGAUGAAAUAUUUAUGGAUCACUCUUUUGAUGAGAACAAAGCAAAAGCAAAAAAUAAAAUAAAAAUAAAUAAUAGUAACAAUAAUAAUAAUAAUAAUAAUGAGGAGGACGACGAUGAUAAUAUGAUGAUGAAACCAAAUAUUUAUCAUUCAAGUAAUGAUAAUUUUAUUAAUAUGAAUGAAAUGGAUAAUUCAUCAAAUAUUUUAAAAGAAAAGAAUCAUAAUUUUAUAGAUAAUAAUAAUAAUUAUAAUAAAAUAUUAAACGAUAUAUAUUUAAAAAAUAACUCUGAUAUUAUUAUAAGAGAACCAUUCUUUAAAACAUCUAAAUAUGGAACACUAAAAGAAAAAAAGGAAAAUUUUGAUGAACAAUUAAAGGGAAUGUCAAAUGAAAAGAAUAUGAAAAAUAUCUCUUUAGAUAAUAAAAAAAAAAUAAAACUAACUAAAAAAAAAAAGAAACAAUCAAUCAAUUUUAAUAGUAAUAAUAAACAUGAUAUUUCUAAUACAUAUGAUCAAAAUAAUAUAUCUAAUAACCCAUAUAAUAUUAUAUAUGGCUCAUCCAUACCACAUUUAGAUAUUUCUUCUAAUGUUAAUAAAUUAUCCAAUGAAAGUGUAAAAACAUAUUUACCCACAGGUUCUUUUGUUAAUUCUAAAGAUAAUUCUACAUGUACAACCAUAUUAUCUAAUAAUGAUAUGAACACAAAUGAUAAUAAUUUAAUAAAUAGUGGAACUAAACUAAAAAACAUACAAACUAAAAAAAUGAUUAACUUAUUAGAAAACAAAGUAAGAACAUUAGAAAGUAAAAAACAUAAUUUAAAUGAUAAAAUGAAAGACCUACAUGAUAAUGCUUAUAUGUUAAUCGAAUCAAAGGAAAAAGACAAUUUAACCAUACAACAUUAUGAAACCUUAAUAAAAAAUCUAGAGAGCAAAUAUAAUAAAUUAUUUAAUAUGUAUCAAGAAUUAGAUGAACAUCGUAUAUCAUAUGUUGAUGCUUAUAGAGAAAAACAAACCAAAAUAGAAAACCUAUGUGCAAUUCUACAAAUAAAAAGUGAAGAAAAUCUUAAACUAACACAAGAAAUGAAUAUUAUUAAUAAAAAAAAUGAACAGUUACAAGGUCAAAUUUAUGAAUAUAUCAAAGAUGUUGAAGAUAAAGAAACCGAUUUAAAUAAAAAAAAAGAAGAAUGUGUUAUUUUAAAAAAUAAUCUAGAAACACUUAAAAUAGAAAAAGAUUAUUUUAAAAAACAAUUAGAAGAAAAAACAAAACAAUAUGAUGAUCUAGAAAAUAAUAUGAAAAUUAUAAAAGAACAAAAUGAACAUAUCAAAAAUAAAUUUCAAUCUAUGGGGAAAAGUAAUGAUCAUACAAAUAAUUUCUUUAUACCUAAAAUUGAUAAUCUAAUAUAUAUAUUAAAUAAAAUGUUACAAGUAUUUAAAUUAAAUGAACAAAAUAUACUAGAUUAUGCAACCUUCUUUAAACAAAAUGCAACUAUUAUAGAAGAAAAAUUAUUAAAUAAUGAUAAUAUUUGUAAUGAUAUUAUACAACUUAUUGAUAAAAAUUUAGUCAACCCUAUUAUUAAUGUAGUAAAUCAAAGAGACCAACAAUAUAUACAACAUCAAAAAGAAUUAAAAAUGAAAUUUGAUGAUGAUCUUUUAAAAAUAUAUGAAAAAAAUAUAAACAACGUAGAAUUGGCAAAUAAACAUAUAGAAGAUUUAAAAAAAUUAUUAAAAUCUAUAACUAUUAAAAAUGAUCGAAUAAAACAAAAAGCUUUAUUACUUUCAUAUGCUCAGGGAAGAUUAAAUCAAAAACCAUUAUUAAAAGAAAUUAAAAAUAUGAAUACUGGAACUUUAUUAUUUAAAUGUAAAUAUAAUAGAUAUUCUCAUAAACCUGUACAAAUAUAUAUGAAAAUUGUAGACAAUAAAUAUAUUACCUGGACAAAAAAUCUGACAGGCAAAAAGGGAUUUAAAAAAAGGAAGCUCAUAGACAUUCAGGAUGUCAUAAAUGUGGACUAUGGUCUUAAUAGCAGACCCGUUUACUGGCUCAUCGAAAAGCAAAAUCAAAAAAAAUUGCAAAAGAAAAAACUAAAUUCAAAUCAAUUUUAUGAAAACAAUCCUUAUAAGUUAAUUCCAUAUAAUUGCUUUACAAUAUACACAAAGGAAAGAACUUAUGAUUUUUUCUCAGAUGAUGAUGAAGUUGUAGCUUCUUGGGUAAUUGGACUUGGCUUGUUAUCUUAUCCAUAUAAUAAAAGUCCUAGUAUACAAUCAAGAUCAGAAUUUAUAAUUAAGAGAGUUCAAUUAAAAUUGAAAUUAUAUUGUAUUAAAAAUAAUAUCAACUAUGUUAAACUGUGGAAAAAUGCUAUUAAAAAAACACAACAACAAAUGGAAGUAUAA